AUCAAGCUCGGCGACAUCAUUCCCGCCGACGCACGUCUCCUCGAAGGAGACGCGUUGAAAGUCGACCAAUCGGCUCUUACCGGAGAGUCUCUCCCGGCGACGAAAGGUCCAGGAGAAGAAGUCUUCUCCGGUUCUACCUGCAAGCAAGGAGAGAUCGAAGCGGUUGUGAUCGCCACAGGAAUUCUUGAUCUCUGCAACGCAAGAGCUGAUCUGAGGAAGAGAGUCCACUCUGCAAUCGAAAAGUACGCUGAGCGUGGACUCAGGUCUUUAGCCGUUGCAAGACAGAAUGUACCUGAGAGAACAAAAGAAAGCUCUGGUGGUCCAUGGGAAUUCGUUGGUGUGUUGCCUUUGUUUGAUCCUCCAAGACACGACAGUGCAGAAACCAUUAGAAGAGCUCUAGACCUCGGUGUCAACGUCAAGAUGAUUACAGGUGAUCAGCUUGCUAUUGCCAAAGAGACUGGACGUAGGCUAGGGAUGGGAUCAAACAUGUAUCCAUCAGCAUCUCUACUUGGUAAUCACAAAGACGAAGCCCUAUCUGCGAUUCCUGUUGACGAGUUGAUUGAGAAAGCUGAUGGCUUUGCUGGUGUCUUCCCAGAGCACAAGUACGAGAUAGUGAAGAAGUUGCAAGAGCUGAAGCAUAUUUGUGGAAUGACUGGUGAUGGAGUGAAUGAUGCUCCUGCUUUGAAGAAAGCAGAUAUCGGUAUCGCUGUUGCUGAUGCUACAGACGCUGCAAGAGGAGCUUCUGAUAUUGUUCUCACUGAGCCUGGUCUCAGUGUCAUCAUCAGCGCUGUUUUAACCAGCCGAGCUAUUUUCCAAAGAAUGAAGAACUACACUAUUUAUGCAGUCUCAAUCACCAUCCGUAUUGUGUUUGGGUUCAUGUUAAUUGCUCUGAUAUGGAAGUUCGACUUUUCACCAUUCAUGGUUUUGAUCAUUGCCAUCUUAAACGAUGGAACAAUCAUGACUAUCUCAAAGGACAAAGUGGUGCCUUCUCCUACACCAGAUAGCUGGAAACUCAAGGAGAUAUUCGCAACUGGCAUUAUCCUUGGAGGCUACAUGGCUAUAAUGACCGUCGUUUUCUUCUGGGCUGCUUACACAACCGAUUACUUCCCGAGAACUUUCCACGUGAAAGACUUGAGAGGCAAGGAACAUGAAAUGACGUCUGCUUUGUACUUACAAGUCAGUAUUGUGAGCCAAGCUCUUAUCUUCGUCACUCGAUCUAGAAGCUGGUCUUUUCUAGAACGACCUGGAAUGCUCUUGUUUUUUGCUUUCUGGGCAGCACAACUGGUUGCAACGUUGAUUGCGGUUUUUGCGAAUUGGGAAUUUGCGAGAGUCAAAGGAAUAGGGUUUGGUUGGGCUGGAGUUAUCUGGCUUUACAGUAUUGUCUUUUACAUUCCAUUAGACAUACUGAAAUUCGCAACCCGUUACAUACUAGCCGGAAGCGCAUGGAACAAUCUCAUUGACAACAAGACUGCGUUUACGACUAAGCAAAAUUAUGGGAUAGAGGAGAGAGAGGCACAAUGGGCUCACGCACAGAGGACUUUACACGGUCUUCAGAAUACCGAAACGAGUACUGUUUUCCCGGAGAAAGGUGGCUACAGAGAACUUUCUGAGAUCGCAGAGCAAGCCAAGAGACGAGCAGAGAUCGCAAGGCUUAGGGAGCUUCAUACUCUUAAAGGACAUGUAGAGUCAGUGGUGAAGCUAAAGGGACUUGACAUUGAGACACCUGGGCACUACACCGUU